CCGUUGCAGUAAACUCGAGCUUGAUCCCCAAAUCUCCCAUGGAGCUCUCUUUCUUUUCGUUCUAAUGAAAUGAAAACAACGAACUUGAAGAGUUCCUUACAGUGGAAUGAAAUUAUUUAGGCUUGUAGAUUGUUUUAGGUUUUCAAUUUCUCUUCUUUUAGAUUUAAUCGAAGAAACGAAGGGGCGUCUGAUGUCAGGUCUACAUCGAUCAUCAAGUACUACUCCCUUGAAGAACGGAGGCCCAUCUCCUCAGGAACUCCCUCCCAAAGAACUCCUCGACGAUCUAUGCAGUCGAUUUGUCUUGAAUGUUCCAAAAGAAGACCUGCAGUCGUUCGAGAGGAUUCUAUUUCUGGUGGAGUAUGCGCAUUGGUUCUAUGAGGAUAAUUCAGUUGAAAAAAAUCCGUCACUGAAGUCAUUCAAUCUGAAGGAAUUCACUUGGUUACUUUUUAACAACUGUGAUGUUUUAAAACCUUACGCUGCUCAUAUAGAUGAUAUAUUCAAGGACUUCACUUCUUACAAAGUUCGAGUUCCUGUAACUGGAGCAAUCAUUUUGGACCAAACAUAUGAAAGGUGCUUACUGGUGAAGGGAUGGAAGGGAACUAGUUGGAGUUUCCCCCGUGGGAAAAAGAACAAAGAUGAGGAAGACCAUGCAUGUGCCAUCCGUGAAGUCCUGGAAGAAACAGGCUUCGAUGUUUCAGAAUUUCUGAAGAAAGAUCAAUAUAGUGAGGCAAUAUUCGGACAACAGAGGGUGCGACUGUACGUAAUUGCUGGUGUGAAAGAUGAUACUGCCUUUGCCCCGCAAACCAAAAAAGAGAUCAGUGAAAUUGCAUGGCAGCGUCUUGAUGAACUUCUGCCUGCAAGUGAUGAUGUGAUAUCUCGUGGAAUCACUGGUCUGAAGCUUUACAUGGUGGCUCCAUUUUUGGCUUCUUUGAGAUCAUGGAUUGCAGCACAUCCACCUCCUGUUCCUCCUAACCUUGACAGGCCUCUCAAAGGACACUGUGUGUGGAAAGCAAAAAACGCAUCUGUAGGAAGCAGCACAAUUAUAACGGAGAGCCAUCCAACAAAGCCUGCGACUGAACCUCACUCUGCUGACACAGGACCUGGAACGAGCUUCAGAAACUUUAAAUUUGACACCGCAGCGAUCUUACAAGCAAUGGAAGCUGGUUUUUCUUCUUCAAGAGGUUAAAUUAUGUUCUCCGGUAAAGCAAUUUGUAGUUCGAUCGAAUUUCACCAGUAGGACCACAUUGGACUUAGGAGCUGCCCCAGCUGUAUAUCUUUAAUGUAUGUCCUGUACAGAAGCACUUUCAUGGGAUAGAUUUAUGUGCUUUUCAUGGUUGUGUUAACUGAUAUUAUGUGUAGAUUACUUGUCCCUGUCAAACUAAGUGGCUAGUAACUUGAAAAGAGUUGUCUAGUUUUAUGUUAUAUUUAUAUAUAACUUUUUCUAGCCAUACUUUCUGGUGGUC